UUUAUUUCCUGUCGAGCGACUCUGAGAGGCGAAAAGACGAGGAGGAGAAGAGACAUGAAGCUGAGGAGGCGCUGACUCCUCUGCUCCUGCGAGGUCACCGCCACCCCGGGCCUGAGGAGGAGCGGGAGGAGCAGGAGGAGCUGCAGCAUGGCUGAGCCCCUGCUCAAGAGGACUUUCUCCAGACUGAGAGGAAAAGACAGAAGUCACAGGAAGACCGAACCAAAAGUCAGCGAAGCGUCUCUCGUCUCUGACGUCGUCCACUCGUCUUCGUCACACUCGCUGACGACGUCUUCACCCUCGCCCCCCUCGCCCCCCCGGAACCACAUCACUGUCGCUAAGAUACAGCAGUGGGCCAGACAGGCUCCGCCCCCACAGCAGAGCUCCGCCCACCGAUCCACACAACCCCAGUCAGAGACUUCCCAGGAUGCACCGGGGCCGGCGGGGAGUCAGAAGCUGCUACAGGAGAAGACCAUCCCAGUCCUGCAGAGCUCCCCCCAGCCAGUGGGGGGCUCCAGCGGGCAGCGUGCCUACCUUCAGAGCCUGGAACGCAGCAGCCGCGCUUGGCUGCUCUCCUCGGGGAAGUCCUCAGAGGAGACACGUGGCCCGCAGGAGGACACCUCCUCCAACAUCUGGUACAACCCCAUCCCGGAGGAGGAGGAGGAGGCGGGGCCCCGCAGGGAGGAGGAGCCUGUGUGGAGGAAGAGGGAGGAUGGGGCGGAGCUCGCAGGAGUCUGGGUGGGGCCAUCUGACGUUCGGCAAGAUGGAGCCAAUCCAAGUGUCAGUCACCAUGACGACAACAUCACAGCGGAAAAUACUGGCCCCACCCCCUCUGAAUCUAGCCCCGCCUCCAAUAAGAAAGGUGGCGUGUCGGGAAGCGUUAUGGACCGGCUGAGGUCACCUGGUACAGUUAGGAAACUUUCUAUGAAGAUGAAAAAGCUUCCGGAACUACGACGCAAACUCAGCCUCCGCUCAGCCUCCAGGGCUCAUCGCCAAGGCAACAGCGAGUGCAGAGAGGGCGGGGACGAGCCCUCCAGCAGGAGCGCGUCGGCGUCAGCGCUGUCCAAUCAGAACGUGAUCAGCAAGUAUCACCUGGACAGCUCGGCCCCCCCCGCCCGGUCCAGGAGACGCUCUUCCAGAGGACGAUCAGCAAAUAAAGGAGGUUACCUCAGUGAUGGAGACUCUCCUGAACUGUUGCCACGGCAACCAACAUCACCACCCACAGGGUCCCAGGACUCUGCGUGCGACGUGAGCUCCUUCCAGCUGUACGUGGGAUCAAACCCGCCGCGCUGUAACCAGCGAGUUACCGGCUUACUGACCGUCCACCUGCUGGGCCUGGAUGAGAUGAAGACCAGCAGGUCUGAGGACGGUAAGGAAGUCUUCGUGGCAAUCCAGAUUGACGGUGUGACACGAGCGAGGACCGCCCUUCUGGCCCUGCGAGGCGCCACUCUCUCUCUGAACCACACGUUUCACCUGGAGCUUGAGCGAGCCCGGCAGCUCCGCAUCGUGGUGCUCACCCCAGCAGCGAGCCUGCCAGUGGUGGGAGGAGCCAAACCCGAACAGAGCUCCUCCUCCAGCGGUCCGAGCAGGAACAGAGUGUGCGGUCUCGGUGGGGUCUCCAUACCGCCCCUCUUCAAAGGGAGUCGCAGUCAGCAGCUGUGUGUGAAGCUGGAGCCUCGAGGACUCCUCUACCUCAAACUUUCCCUGCAGGAGAGCUGGGAACCACAGUCCAGUACAGACUCGUCCACACCUGCCUCUGUUUUCGGGGUGGAACUGCACCACUUGGUGGAAAAAGAAGGAUGUGCACCGCCCGUCCCACUGCUGAUCCAGAAGAGUGUGACGGAGAUCGAACGGCGAGGACUCAAGGUGGUGGGUCUGUACCGGCUGUGUGGAUCCGCUGCGGUGAAGAAGGAGCUCAGAGAUUGGUUUGAGAGGAACAGUUCAGCUGUGAGUCUGUCUGAGGAUCUGUACCCCGACAUCAACGUCAUCACAGGUAUUCUUAAGGACUACCUUCGGGAGCUCCCGUCUCCACUCAUCACCAGGACUCUGUACCAGGUGGUCCGGGAGGCCAUGACCCUGCACCCUCCUCCUGCCCCACCCACACCCCUGGACCCCCAACUAGCCCAGAGGACGGUGGGCCUGCUGUCCUGCCUGCCCCCUCCAGAGAGGGCCACCCUCUCCCUCCUGCUGGACCACCUCAGCCUCGUCGCCUCCUUCAGCUCCUUAAACAGAAUGACGCACCAGAACCUCGCUGUGUGCUUCGGCCCGGUUCUCCUCACCCCGUCCCCGGAGGCCUGGGGAGGAGGAGGAGGAGGAGGGGGAGGGAGGGGAGCCAGGGGGGCGGGUAAGGUUUUCGGUCAAGGCGAGGAAAUGGCGAGUGCUGUGGACUUCAAGCGUCACAUCGAGGCGCUGCACUACCUGCUGCAGCUGUGGCCAGUGCCGACGCACCGAAUCCCCCCCGACGAGAACGCCGACGCCUCGCCUCCCCCCUCCCCCACCCCGCCCCAUCACCCCCUGGGGCCGCGGCGUCCGGUGAUGCGGCUGUCUCAGAGAUCCGAGCAGGAAGUGGUGGUGUCGCGGCGAGGGAGAGGAGGGCCGGCCCGGCUGGACAGCCCGCCGCCGAUCAACCGCUACGCUGGAGACUGGAGCGUCUGCGGAGGGGGGCUGCUGGGCAGCGGCGAGGGCGACUACGACGAGGUGGCAGCGAGCGAGAGCAGCGAGGAUGAGGAGGAGCAGGAGAAGAAGGAAUUGUGGCCAGCAGGAGGAGGAGCGGGAGAAGGAGGAGCAGGAGGAGUCGGAGCUCUGUAUGUGGACGAGUUCCUGGAUUUUGACGCUCCGUUUCACUGUCGGCUCAGUCUGAAAGACUUCGACACGCUGAUCCACGACCUAGACCGAGAGCUGGCCAAACAGAUCAACAUCUGCCUGUAGAGGAGGAGGAGGAGGAGGAGGAGGAGGAGGAGGAGGAGGAAGACCAGGGAGUUUCUUCUGGAGCUGCAACAAUAAUCAGUAUUUUUCUUUCUUUCAGUCUGACUGAAACUGAGAAGCUUUUAAAGACAUUCGUGAGGAAAUGAAGUCGAGUCUGAAUCCACCGGG